UCAUAAAGUCACCACGGGCGAGAGAGUACUUAAAACAAAAAUAAUAUAGAAAUUCUUUUCGAAUUAAAGAAUUUUUUACAAACGAAAUUUUAACCCAAGAACGAUCAAAAGAAAACUUUUUUUAUAAUUUAAUUUUGUUAAUUUCUCUUCACUCUGUAUUAAUUUUUGUUGUUGUUUGACUCAAAAGUUUCAAAAUUCUAUUAGGUUAUUGUUGUUGUUUUAGCUUUUGCUUUUACAUAAAUGGAUUUUUUUUUUUUCGAUCGGUUUAAAUUCGAUUUUUCGCUUCGCCCACAUUUCCUACCCAAUAAAAUACAACUUUGCUUAAUUUUCGAGUGAAAUAAAAUUAACAACCCAAGAAACGACGAAACAUAAUUUUAAUAAAAUAAAACACAAAAACAAAAACAAAAAAACAACGAGAAGAGAAAAAUUGAUUCAUCGUACAUAUUUUCGUAUAAUAAAAACGAAAAGUAUAAAGGAAAAACUCUCCAUAUAAUAUAUUUAUAAAUAUUUAGUAAAAAAAAAAAAAAGAGGAAAUUUUCCACUUGCUGUGCUGUGGUGCUGCUCUAGGUGUAUAUUUUGUAUUUCCUCCUCGUAUUUACCUACCACCCUGACAUACAACAAAGUUUUCGUUAUUCGUUCGAUUUUCCCAACGCAACGAGCCGCGGCAGUUUAGUUUCAGUUUGGAAGGAAAAAUCGCUGACUUUUCAACACUCAUUAAGACUCAAACUCAAAAAAUCUCUUUCUUUAAAAAUAAACGUGAAAUACAAUACAAUGAAGAAAGAAAUCAAAACAAAGCAUUAAAUAUUUUUUGUUAUAAUCAUUUCAUUUAUCGGGUUCUUGUUCUUUUCGAAAAUCUAGAGGUAGUCGUCGUUUUGAAAAAAUAAAUAUAAUUACAAAAAAAAAGAGAGAGCUCUCGGUUGGACAAGAGGUCGUCGGCGACAACAGCGCAACGCAACGUGAGGAGAGUGAGCUUUAAUGUCUACGUCUAACUACUAGUUUAUUUCUGUGACACAAAAAUCAAAACAAAUGCCACGAUUUUGAGUGUGACGGCUUUGGCUAACUUUAAAACAAAAACUACUUUAUUUGAUAAAAAUGUCACAAAUUUGACAAAACAAUUGAUACCAUCUGCCAUAAAGGAGUUCACACUCUACAAGUACUCGUACCUAGAGCUUGAACGUUCUGAAGUUAAAGAGGCAGUAGCUGAACGUUGAAUCCGCCACUUCAAUUCAAGCAGUCCAACCGAAUAGUACCUACCUACAUCAUAAUUAUUAUAUCGAUGUGGCUGGCUCUUCUCUUACUACCGCCUUCGUCGUCGUCGUCGUCGUCGUUGCCGCCACAUUAAAAAAAUAUUGAAGAAUUUAAUUUAAUUCUAAUAAAUUACUAGAUAACUCCUAUCAUCAAUUUAAAUAAUGUCAGUGAUAAAAACCAGCUACAGCUACAACAACAAAUAUACUACUGGUCAAACUUCAGCUGAAAAUAAUAACAACAACAACAAUAACUAUAACAUUAAACAACAAGAGCAAAGCAUAAAGGAAAUUAUAAUCUACAACUACUUUACAAUAAAAGCUAAAUAAUAUUAUAACAAUUGGACUAUCGAUUUCGAUUUCGAUUUUAAUUUCGAUAUUUGUAAAGUGCUACGGUGAUAACUUAUUUUUUAAUUUGUAGUAUUUAACGAUGAGUGUGCGAAGAAAUGUUGCCUUUUGAGACUCAGUGCCGCGCCGCCAACUCUAUAACUUUUUAAUUUCAUCAACGCCGCCGUCUGACUCCUAACGCCUGUGUUUUAUUUUGUCUUUUUUUUUAUAAUUAAAUCCACCUUUAACUAGUGUACCUUUGAAAAAAAAUUCAAUCCCCAUUUCAUAUCGAAUGAACUGUGAAUUCUUUAAUUAAAAAAAAUAUUUUUUAUAUAAUCAUAUCUUGGUAAUCCAAAGAAGAAUAAACGAAUAUAUUUUAAAUGGCUGAUUCAAAUAACUCAAAAAUCGCAUCGCGAUUAAGAAAAAUUGAAAGAACUGACAGUGAAAUUGCGUGUGAGGAAGCGGCACGUCUCACAGCCGACAUACAGGAGGGCAAUAGUCCUGACGAUGACGAUGACAUUAGUGAAUAUCAGGAGCUUCCACCACCGCCGGACGGAGGUUACGGCUGGGUGAUAUGCUUCGCGUCAUUUAUGUGCAACAUGAUUGUGGAUGGUAUUGCGUAUACUUUUGGAAUAUUUCUGGGAGAGUUUGUGGACUACUUUGGCGAGGGUAAAGGUAAAGUAGCAUGGGUGGGAAGUCUACUGAGCGGAGUGUACCUUAGUGCCGGGCCAAUUGUGUCGGCAUUGGCUAAUAAAUUCGGCUGCAGGGCAGUUUGCAUAGCGGGGAGUGUGGUCGCAUGUAUUGCGUUUGUUUUGAGUACCAUGAGUACGUCUGUAAAUAUGCUUAUGUUAACGUAUGGUGUUCUGGGUGGGUUUGGAUUUGGUAUGAUCUACUUGCCGGCUGUGGUUGCCGUAGGCUAUUACUUUGAGACUAAGCGGUCGCUGGCGACUGGUAUUGCAGUGUGUGGUUCAGGUGUGGGGACAUUUGCGUUCGCACCCUUCGCAACAUAUCUGCUAAAAUUGUUCGGAUGGAAGAACUCACUUUUGAUCUUUGCUGGAUUGAUUCUGAAUUGCGCUGUGUUUGGUGCAAUGAUGCGACCUCUCACUUAUCCAAAGAAGAAGAAGGUUAAGCCUCUGAUGCAGAGGAUGUAUGAAGAAAAGAGAUUGCAAAUGGAACGUGGUUCGAUUGGUGGAUCACAUUUCAUGGUCCAAAUGCCCGAUGGCACGAUGGAGCGAAAAAUGAAAAUGCCCAUCAAUGCCGAUCCGGGAGUACAUUCUAGUCUCAAUUUAGAUUUAUUAGCAUCGCAACAACAAAGCGGUACCUUGCACCCUGUAUCAACCCUACCCACAAUCACCGAAGCCAAAGUGGCAGAAAAUCAACACGAACAAAAUUCACCUGAUGGUCAGAGUCAAUUAGAAGUCCGUCGAGGACGUCGUCCAUAUCGUAAUUCAGAAACCGAUGCCACUAGUCCUUAUAACUCCAACGAUAUGAUUCGCAAUGCUUCACAGCCUGCAUUCACAAUCGAUUACCAAAGCCUACCGAAGAACGGUUCAGUGCCGUCCUUUGACAGAGUUCGAAAAACUUCGAGCAGUGAACGAUACAAGCCCUCAUUGGCAGCCAUUCGGGCAUCGUCGAGAGGAGAUUUAGAGAGCAAUGGUGUAGAAAAUUAUUCAUCAAAGAUGUCUCUAUCCCAACGCAACGAUAGCGGCAAAAUGGUCAGACCUCUCUCGCGAAAGGAUAUUUUCUAUUCAGGAUCAGUCACCAAUCUACCACAAUACCAAUCACAAAAAUCCCUAACUAACUACAGAAAUUCAGUUCUUUCACUCACUAAAUACGAAAAAAGCAUGCGGGAUGUGCGUAUGAUAGAUCCCCUCGCCGAAGCGGAGAAGCACCGUGAAGAAUACGACCUCUGUCCAUGCUGUGGAAUACCAGAUUCCGUUAAAGCAAUUCUCAAUACUAUGUUAGAUGUUAGCCUACUCAAGGAUCCCGUUUUCAUGCUCAUCGGAAUUUCAAACGUUUUCGGAAUGGCUGGACUGUAUGUUCCAUUUGUAUAUCUAGUAGACGCCGCUAUGCUCGACGGAAUUGACUCCAACUCAGCCUCAUAUUUGAUUGCAAUCAUCGGAAUUACAAACACCUUUGGCAGAGUAAUCUGCGGUUAUGUCGCAGAUUUUCCGCAAGUCAAUUCACUUCUACUAAAUAAUAUUUGCCUCUUGAUAGCCACAUUUGCUGUGACAGCAACACCCCUAUGCUCAUCCUAUAUGUCCUACGUAAUUAUGUCUGUGUUUUUCGGAAUAGCUAUUUCCGGCUAUAUAUCGCUAACUUCGAUCAUCCUAGUCGAUCUGCUAGGCUUGGAGAGACUCACAAAUGCAUUCGGUCUACUCAUUCUCUUCAGAGGUUUUGCCGCCAUCAUUGGAUCGCCUCUAGCCGGCGCAGUGUAUGAUGCAACUGCAUCGUACGACAUAUCUUUCUACAUGGCUGGAGCGUUCUUUGCCAUUUCAACAGUGACCAGCUUUUUAGCACCAUGUCUAAAGCGCUGCACAAACACUGACGAAUUGCCAGUUCACAUGGAAGUCCUUACGCCAAUUGACGAAGAACAAGCCGAGGACCUAGAAGACGACGAUCAACCUAUCACAAUUGUGCCCAAAAUUGUGAAAACGCUACCAAGCCCACAACAAGAACAACCACCCGGAGCAGCAGAUUCAGCAUCAGCGGUAGCAACAUAGAGCAUAUAAACAACAGCUUAGCUUAACAUACCAAAUAAUUUUGAUUUAACAAAAAAUUAUUAUUAUUAAUUAAUGAGAGAAUGUUUAAAAACAAAAAAAAGAGAGAAAUAAAAAUAUAUAUGAUAAAAUAUACAUUUUAGAAGAAUAGUUUGUAAUCUAUUACACUAUAAAAGUAAAUUUAAAAUAUUUUUUUAUUGAAUUGUUUUCUUUUAAAAAUAAAACUGUUAUUUUAACUGAUAGCCCUUUUCUUUAUAAACGCAAAUUGCUAAUGUAUUAAACAAAAAAUAAUUAAAACAAAAAGAAUAACGGUGUCGAUUAUGAUGAUAGUGUUAAAAAGAAAAACAUAUAUUUUGUACAUUUAGUAGUUAUAUUUUUUAAUUGUUAUUUUUUUGUAUCUUCUUUUUAUGAUGAAUGUGUAUGUUUAUUGUUUAAUUUUUGUAAUUUUAAUAUAAGGCAUCAUUUUUUUUAAAACUCUAGUAUUUGAAUAAACCAAAAAGAUAGAAAUAUCAAUCAUUUCAUUAGGUUCACUUUUUUGUUUUUUUAAAUAAUUAAGAAAAAAUAAUAAUAAAAAGAAAUACGUGAGGUAUAAGAGAAGUUUAAUUAAUGUAAUAGUUUUGUAUAAGCAACAAGCAAAAACACGGUAUUAUAUACUUUUACUAAAUAAAAAAACAAAAACAAAAAAUCAAAUACAAAUAAACGAGUAGAAUAAAAAAUUGUUUAAGUUAUAAAAAGAAAACCUCUUAUUGGAAUGACAAAUAAUUUUAUGUAAAAACGAAAAAGAAAAGAACUAAAAACUAAUUGUUAUUUAUUUUUUAAACCAAUCGAUUGUAAAAAGUUAAUUAUUAAAAUUUGCGCGCUGUUUCAUUAUUUUAAAAUUCUUAAAAUUGUUUUUUUUUUGUUAAAUUUAUCUUUUUCUUAGUAAAACAAUAAAGAAAAGAGAAGGAAAAAAGAAAACUAUUCGUGCUAAUCGAAAAUAGUAUUAUUUAUAAAAAAAUCAAACCAAAAACAAAUAUCAGAAAAAAAGUACUAAAACUAUGUUAUAUUACAAAGAAAUUAUAGCAAUUAACUAAAUAAAAAACAAUAUGAAGAACGAGAGAAGGGAUAUAAGAAAAAAGAAAAACGCCAUACAAAUUAGCAAACAAAUAAACACUACUGUGUCCUGUUUCA